CGGCUGAGCAAAAACGACUCCAGGUCACAGCUCUGGCCAGAAAAGACUGAGGCAAUGCUGUCCUGUUGGGUGAUGCAACCAAGGCUACAGGGAGGACUGUAUUUCUUACUGGGAGCAAAUGCCUGUCACUUGGCAUUAGAACUUGCAGCUGGGGGCUGCUGGUAGGUGCUCAUGUCGUGGUGGUGACUAUGAUGGGAUUUUUCCAUCUCUAAGCAAAAGGCAAUGCUGACAUUUGGUUUGACUGCCACUGUGAAGCUCUUGAGUUCUCUGCUUGAGUGCAGACAGCAAGGAUGAACUCAGUGUAAGGCUGUAUUUCAGCCUCACUGAAAUAAGUCCUGAAUAACUCCUGCCUAGGCUGUGCAGUCCUCUGACUUGCUACUGAGCUGAGCAGGGCUACUUGCAGGCCUGCAGCCCCAUGGUGCUUCUGAAAGCCAUGUGAGCCCUGGGGCUUGCUGGAGGUGCACAAUGAAGUGCGUGCCUAAGGCACAGCAGCAGCUGAAGAAGGCUGUGUGAUGGUUCAAUACCGCAUUAUAACUCAAAGAUGCACAUUUACCUGCAAUGCUGCUUUUGAGUCUUGUCACUCCAUGUCAGAAUGGCUGCAAUGCAUUUGGUGGGUUUAGAUGUUUCCCUUUGGAUUGGCAGAGGUCUGGAUCUGGAAUUACAGGAAAGGAGUUGUUUAAGUAGAGAAUACGUAAGUGAGGAACAUUCAGAAGAGACUAGCUCAUUUCAAGAAAGGAUUAGGUACUAAAAUAAAAUUACUUAAAUAUACUCUUCAGAAAAACAUGUAAACAUGGGCAAUUGCAAACUGAAAUAGAAGCACUAAUACAAAGUAUUUCUCUCUUUCUUUGAACUAUUACACCUAAAACUCCCUUCUUCCACUGACAAAAAGAAGGAAAACCAGAAGCCUUGCAUCAUAUACUGCAAUCCAGUGAAUUUAAGGCCUUUUUCAGAUACAGAGGAGAGCAGUCUGCUAAGAGCCCAGUACCACCAGUUUCCACACUCUCAGAACAGUUAAACAGAUGUUUUAACUUCACCAAAGCAUGCACCAAUCUCCUCCAGAGCAGAGUGUUGCAGUGUCCUACAGAGGCCAUAGCACCAACAAGAAUUCGUUUCACCUCCAGACACAUGUUUGUCAGCAGAGGAAGACUUGAGGGCACCAAGCCUUCCACCAUCACCCCACCCAUCCAUAAGUGAUGGAGCUGGGUGCAUUCCCUGCUACAAGGCCUAGCCUCAGCCCUGAGGCAGCUCCAGCUCCAGCAAGAGCCCUGCCCCACUGGCCUGGUGCUGGUGGCCAUCACACCAGCCUGAAGGGACGGGGGCCAGGACCAGCUCCAACAGCCAGGCCACUGCUCAGGUAGGGACCAGGAGUGUCCGAGGACCUGGUGAGGGAUGCUGCUACAGCUGGAACUGCUUUGCCAGAACCUGCCAUGCAACCUCCUGAAGUACAGCAAAGCCCAUUACAGGCAAGGUGACAAUGGGCAUUAGCAGCGUUUUUAUGGCCAUGUCAAUUUUGUGCUGGAAUGUAGAUGGAUUAUUUAUGCAAGCCUGUACAUGACACAUGCACACCGAAGCCCAUUUUCAGGCUUUGUGGCUCAAGCAUCUAUCUGAAGGGUAACCUGAGGCUAAGGGGAUUGCACCUGUCCAAGCCAGCUUCCCGUCCCACCAUGCCUCUGCAGGGGCCCAGCAAAGCCCAUGCACAUCCCAGGGCCUUCUGCCACCCCCCCGUCCUCCUUUGCUAUUUGCUUUGUUUUCACUGCCAAAGCUUGGAGAUUUAAAUAAAUUAAAAAAAAAAAAAAAAGAGGUGACUGGGAUGUGAAGACGAAAACUAAUGUGAUUACAGUUGAAUUUGGGCACUGCCAGCGCGUUCCCGUGGUCAGCGGGUGCUAGCAGUAACAGCUGCUGCGCUUCCCAUUAGAGGAGAAAGUAAAGACCUUCCCUGACGGGAUGCAUUGCUGGCAGGCUGGGGACGCGGCGGCAGCAGGCAGGAGGGAGGUAAGUGUGGGGCCAGCGCCGACGUGGGCCCAAACCCGCACCCACUCCCAAACGUGGGUGGCUGCAGCCCUGGGGGUGACAUUCCCACUGCCUGUGAGUGCGUGGGGAAGGGCGCGGGAGGCAGCGUGGGCAGGAUGGGAAGGGGGAAACUGUAGCCUGGGAACCUCAGGAAGAGCAGAGCUGCUGUUCAGAGGUACUUGUGUGAGCUGCCACGAGAAACCUCACCCAGCAAAGAUUUGGCUGUCUCUGCAGCUGGUUCCAAGAGCACGAGGGCAUCCCACUACUAGAGCAGGGGCAGGGGGUCUGGCCAAGGCUCCUGUGAACCCCAGAACAUCUCUGGCAUGCAGCUGAUGGGGGUGUGAAGGUGUCCUGCUGCAGAAGGUUGAACUGCAUCCUUCUGCUCCUGGCUUCAGGCUGGGCAGGAGCUGUUCCAUGUGAGGGGUUUUAAUCAGCUGACAAGUUUGAAAGUGAUGUAAAUGGAGGUAUGCACUGGACCUCCUCAGUCUCUGAUUUUCUUUCAUGUCUUUACAUCUAUUUAUUGACUGAACAUAACAAAAUCUAAGCCAGGAAAAGCUGCGUGUUGAAAAGAUUAGAAAGAGCCACGUUAAAAGCAGGACAGUAUGCAAUAAAUAUAGUGUGCUUACUCUUCAUCCUCAUUUUCAAAAGGGCCUGGAAAACUGGAAUAAGAAAAUACCCUGUCUAAUCUGGAGAUGUGCGUUUUGCCAGCCACCCAGUCUGGGUGAUAACCAACAUCCAUAGUGCCAAGCAUAGAAUUUGUGGAGUUCAGCAAGGGUGGAGGGAGCUGAACUGAGUCAUCAGCAUGCCCACACAGAGCCUUAUUCUCCUCCUAAAUAUGAAUUUCUGGAGCAAGUCUCUCCCAGCCAGUUCACCCUUUGGAUGACUUCACUAGAAACGUGAAGUCUGGCAGGGUCUUUUCCUUCCCAAUGUGGAAUUCUGUGGAUUCCCAAAGAGGAUCCACGUGCCAUGGGGAUCAAUUCUUCUUCUUCUUUUAGAGGCUGUGGGAAAGGCUGCUCAGCUAACUGGAAGGUGACGGACGCCGUUCCAGAGUGGGUGCACCGGCCACGUCCCCGCGCAGCAUGGAGGAGAGGCAGAAGGCCUGCCUGGCGGUGGCUGCCUGUGCGUGCACUGUGCUCUGCAUGGUCUCCUCCACAUCUGCCUUCUCGCACGGCGCCAGCCCCUCUGCCUGUGCUGACAUGAUGCCCAGGCACCUGCGGGCUCAGCUGCACAGCCCCACGAACAACUAUGUUACCAUUCACACCAACGUGUCCUUCUAUGUCCCGGGAGACAAGGUCCCAGUGACAGUGAGGAGCAGCCGGGAUUUCAUGGGCUUUUUGCUUCAAGCUCGCAAAGUGUCUAAUGAUGAAACUGCUGGCACAUUUGUCUUCAUUCCUCCUGGCUCCAAGCUGCUGUCUUGCUUUGAAGAUGGUGAUACUGUCACCCACUCGGACAAGUCCCUGAAGAGAAACCUGUCCUUUGUAUGGAAAGCGCCGGACCAACCCAUUGGAGACAUCAGAUUUUUCAUCUCUGUAGUCCAGUCAUACUUUGUUUACUGGGCAAGGAUCGAAUCGGCCACCGUGGCUCAGCGAGGGCACAACGACACAUCUGCUGGAGGCAGCAGAAAGGCCGGCCCUGCAGCACCUGCACCCACGCAGGAACCUGCUGGCCCCCACGUAGCUGACACAGCAAGCAAAGGUACGUGGUUUGUCACUGACAGUUUCCAGCUGGGUGUUUUUACGGCUUAUUCCUUGGCACAAAGUAGUGCCAGCACUACCAACCUAUACCUGUGUGUGACGUGUAAAGAAGAUGAGCAGGAGUCUAAUCAGCCUCCUUUCUGUUCCCUCACUGGAUUUCUUGUCACGUUUUUGCUUUCAAAGGCAAGUACUGAGAAUGGGGCUGCCCUGGAAACCUCCCUGCCUGCAGCAACCUCUUGGUCCGCCCUACACAUACGCGCUCACCUGAGUGAAGCUGCUGUGACAACAGCCUGGUUUGGCAACGAGGACAUCGUCAGCAAUUUGUCAUUGGCCUGGAGGCAAAUGGCAGAAAGCAAACCACCCCAGCGGCCAGAGGAGGGUGAGGAGGUCAGUGAGGAGGUGGGUGGGCACACGCUGCCAUGGGUGACCAGAACAGGUCCCAAACCCGCUGUCCCAGGGAGGGGGGACGACUCUCGCAGAGGGACACGUCUGAUAGCAGCCCAACUUGGCAUCCUCCUUGUCUGCACGGCGGUGCUGGGGCUGGCUGCGGCGGCUGGCCUGCGCUACAUCUGUGCCCGGUACUGCCACAAGAGGACAGAAGUGUCCUUCAGCGAGCCAGGCAACAACGUCAUCACUGUGAAAGAAAGCGGGGAGAUGAUGCACUUCCGCAAGAUCCGCGAGAACAGCUUCGUGCUGGUUCAAGCUGAGUACAACUGGAUCAGCCCAUCAAGCAGCGGGAAAAGGAGAAUAAUGUAAACGUGGGCAGUACCUACAUUAGUGCCAUGUAGAUGAGCCAGCCAGCCCUGUAGAUGAAGACGGCUGAGAUGCAUGUAACACAGACUCUAGAAAGCAGUAGCGUCCUUGCUGCCUAUAGGCAGACAUACAGGCGUACCAACUCGAUGCAGCUAGCUCAGCUAGACGUGUUAGUCAAAGUAUCCAAGCUACGGCUGCUAAGAGAACUAAAGUAACUAUUGUUCUGCGUGUUACACGUACCACAAUUAAUAUUGUACAUCUGCUCAUUAACUGUCACUGCAACCAUUAUUCUUCCUCUGUUGCUUUAAGGCUGUAGCAAAAACCUCUGAAAUUCUUCCUCUGCACUGUAUACUGUUGUCUCCUAUUUUAUCUCUGCAAAAGCUUCUAGCGUUAAAUUCCCCUUUCCUUUCUAGGAACUAGAAACCCUUGGUUUAAACCACCAUUCUCAUUUAGAAGCUUACAGGUUCAGGUCUGUGCACUUGCUAGGUUUCAGAUGACAAAAUACUUGCCAGUAGAUUCAAAGUUUCAAUGGGAAAAUAAAAAGCAGUAACUCACUUGUACAGAACAUUGAUCCACAGAAUGCUGAAUUGAUCUAAGGGAAAGAAACACACGGUGGUAGAAACCAGUUUUUGGGGAAGAAACAUGCCUCCUCAUCAGGUGCAAAUGGAAUAAAACCUUUCCUAUCCAUUUGCACCUGAUGAAGAAGCUUGUUUAAGCCUGACAGCCAACAUUUACUUUGUCUUUUACUUUGAGUCAGGCCAGUUAACACUCAGUGCGGAAACACACACUGAGAAAUACCCUUCCCAGGUCACUUUGGAGGUCCUCAGCAAAGGCUGCUUGGUAAGUUAACAGCAUCCUUGCGCUCUGAGUUUGUGCAAACUCUCCUCCAACUGCAUGGUUUUCAGCAGGAGGCCACAAAAACAGCCCUUGGAAAACAUGAAGAACCUUGAUGCAUUCUAAGAAGGGAAGGUGAUGAAAGCAAGGGCAAAGGUUUGUUUUACCGAAGCUUUGAAAGAGCAAGAAAUAGUUCUGACAAUGAUCCUCCUGAGAUGUAAACUUUAGAGCCUUUCAGAAAGCAGUGAUUCCCCCUCUCUGCUAUCCUUUCCAAUGGCGAAGGGGCUCAUGUUGUCUUCUGAGCAGCUGAAAGCAGAACAGACUUAAACUCUGGUGCUGCAACUGAUUUCACAAUACUCCCAUCCUGCCAAGCUAAGCACACACCCAUACGUGGAUCAGGAUCCCACUUCCUUCCUGCUGAUGGGGACACCAGGCAACUCCCUGCUCUGGCAGCAGGGCUCUGCAUUAUCUCCAGCUAGCUGGCCAUCUCCAUGCUUCAUAAUCAGAUAAAGCCCCGCUUUCACCUCCUCCCUUACAUUGCCAUGACUUCAGUGGAUCAUGAGAUGCUAUUCUCCAGUUCAGCUUCCUGAAGUGUCAGUAAUAUAGCAUGUCCUUUGCUAAAAGAGUCUUCCACACUCAGAGUUUAUUUCUGGCCACGCUACUGUACAGCGACUGGUGACAUGAAACCUUGCAGUCCACACAGCCAAUCUUCUGUCAAGUAAUCAUAAAAUAAACAAGUAAAAAAAUAAGUGUACUCACAAAUGCAGACUGCAGAAAUGAGGCAGUCUUAACCAUUGCACUUACUGAGAAGAGCAGCUGCACCAGGCCCCUUCCACUGCAGGGUGGCCAGGGUUAGGGGCGCUGUAACUGAAAAUCUGCUUCAGACUCAAGGCACUUAAGGUUUUCCUAUAUAGUAAGUUGAGCUGAAACAUUACCUACUAAGAAGUCUAUAGGUUUUUAAGCACAAGUCCAGAUGCAUGCAAUGGAGUUCCCCUCUUACGUCCCUUAUAGAAAGAAAGAAUGUUUCUCUAACUCAGUGUAGCUGAACCUUCUAGUGACUAAAGUAGACUGCAUUUAAUUCAUUGUUAAUGCAGCCCCAAAAUUCCUAAUUAACUGAGAAAAUAGGUCAACAAACUCUUAAAUAUUUAAAGAACUAUCACAUAUUAUUUCAAAAAACUUCUCGUGAUGGCAUAGUUGUUUAUGAAUAAAUUACAAAUACCUAUGUCCUUUUCCACCCUCUCUCCAGAUUUAAUCUUAUCAGACUGGUACAGCUUGAAAAAUGCCCCUUUCCUGUCCCCAGCACUUUCCCCGUUGCCCAGUACUGAUCUUGCCAGGGUGGCUGCAGAAAACAAAGGCUCUGGUCUGAAAGAAGAUGUCUGAUUAGGAGAGUAGCACUUCAGCGGUACUCUUGCCAAACUCUACCUUCUGUUAAAUUCAUGCAGCUCUGGUAUUAUUAGUAGUAAAAACAGUAAUGGUGAGCUCCAAGGGACAUUCUCCUCUGAAUUAGUAAUGAGUUCUGCUACUUUGUGGACUUGGCUGAGACUGAAAGUGCUUGUGUUUUUCUCUUGCCUUCUGCAUGAUGCUUCGUUUAUUGUAGUUGCCAUGACAAGAAGGAUCGGGGUUUUUUCUCUUCUUAAUGCUGUUAAAAACCCAAGCACUGAUUAAUUCAUUAAGAGGCAAAUCAUUCAAAUGCCCCACAUUCUUAAGUGACCUGCCUUUUAUUGAAAUUAAUCUGUGCUCGUGUUUGUAGCAGAUUUAGAAGAAAAAAUGACAGAGCACAAAAAGUAAAAACACAAACCACUCUAAUGCAAAUUAGAGUGAGAAGUGAAAGAACUUCCCUUGCUGGGUGGAUGACUGUGUUGGUCACAGAUGUAGACAGCGGGGGAUCUUAGUUCCUCCAUGCAGGUCAGCCUGAAGCAGUCUGCACCCAUGUGAGGCUGUCAUCCCUCAGGCAAGUGCUUGGUGCCUGAACUGCUGGCAGAAGGUACUGAAAGGAGCUCCCACCUAUCCCUAAUUCACACCCAUCUAAUUCUGUCUCCCACCAAUCAAACAGGCAGCAGGUACAGCUUCGGCAGCACAAACUCCUAUGGCUGCAAUUCUUUGGUGUCACUAUGAUGCUUGAGCUGUCCUAACUUAAAAAAAAAAAACAAAAAAAACCACCACAAUUUAGAAACAACUAACUACUGUACAGAAAUGCUCACUUAUCACUCCUAUACCUGCAUGCUCAUUUUCCCAUCUCACGUCACUGUGAUCGCUACUUUCCCCCCCCUCCAUAUAAAGAAAAACCCACUGCCUUCACAUCGUCAAUCCUGGGUGCUGAACGUCUAAUUCCAUCACUGAUUCUAUCUGCUUUUCCAUGGUAUCAACAUCGGAUUGGUUUUGCCCAUCAUCAAGCCCUUCAUAAGUGUGUUCCCCUCUGACCGGGAGCUGAUGCUUCCUCAUACUAUGCUGCAGAUGCCCUAUUAAAAGAUUUCUAACCCAACUUCAGUUAACAGAAGAUGGCAGCCCUCCACUACAUCAGUGGCAUUAAAUGUAAGGCAGAGGGGUUGCAUUAAGCAAAGCAUUUGGCCCAAAGCUCAGUUAAAAAUCAUCGUGGACAUUUCCCAUAUUGGUUGAAUUGUCACUAUCAAGCAAACGUCAAACACGCACUAAAUUUGCCUGCUUCAAAAUAGGCGACAGGACUCACAGCAGAAGUCCAAAGCUGGAAGCUUUCACUGUUGAGGUCACGAGGAGCAUUUCCAUCCAUUUCUGAAGGCCAGGAUCACAUCCCUGCCCCAAGCGUGCACCCUAACGCCAGCUGUAGCGGUUGCCCAGGAUGUGCAGAGUGGGGGAAACCCCUGCUAGCUUUGUUCUCAGCACUCCUCACAGAGCAGAGCUGGAUGAGAUCCUGGGCAGUACGGGGAUCUGUCACGAUGGCUUGGCCAGCUCUUUGGCAUAGUUUCUGCAGCUACUGGAGACCGCACAAACCAAGGGAGGCAAAGCAGCUACGCCAGAAACCCAGAGACUGAAACACAAGGCCCUGCAACAAACUGAGCAGUGGAGAGGCUGUGUGGGCCACCCUGCUGAGGGGUGAGGUUCGGUCCUCUCCCUCGCCCCUGCUGAGCCACCUGUGCCUCAGCCAGCUCCUUGCUAUGUUUAGUAAACUAGCAAUGAAAAAUGCCUGUGAAAAGAGGAGGAGAUGCUGAAACGAUUCCUGCAGUGUUCAGCUGCAGAAAGACAACUGUUUGCCAGACAAGACCAACAACAAAGUAAUGACCUGAUCCACUCAGCAGGUGAACAGCAGAGCAGCCCUGUCAUUCCUCCUGAUAAGCCAGAGCCUCUCCACUGCCUCUGCCACAGUCUCAAGACUCAGAAUGAAAGCCAGCAGGUCUGGGCAGCUCUGCAGUGCCUCCUUCCUAUCUUUUCCCUCCCCUUUCCCUGCAGUUUCCUCCAAGGCACCACACUGUGUACAGCAGGGAAGAGAAGCACCUUCCCACCAGCUGUCUGGCAGGAUCUGGGGGUCACAACCACCCUGGGACCGUGCACUUAUCUGGAGCCUCUCCUUAGCCUCCCUCUCACCACAGAUCCAUUUUCCCCCUUCAUGUCUCAUUGCAGAAGCACUCUUCUCUCAUUAGCAUGUGCACGACUCUCCCAGUAAAGCAUUUUGUUAUAUGAUGUAUGAAGGAUCAUGUCUCACACCACAUUUUACUGUAUAUUUAAGUGCAUGUUUUGCUGAUUUACUGCUGUUCUAGGGAACGUCUCCUUCUCUUAGCAGGGCAGGUCCACAACGGAUGUACCAGCUCUGACUAAUGAUUAUUAGCACAUCCCAAGGUUAUGUACUACAAUCAAAUAAUGUGCAGGAGGGAAAAGAGACUCCAGCUUACUGGGCUAAGGACAAAGAUCACAGCUAGUCUCUGAAUCUUCAGAUUGCAAUAUCCAUUACAGAUUGCCACCUUCUAAUGUCAAAGAAUAAUUUGUUGUUCAGAAAAUGUGUUGCUAUUUCAAAGGCAAGUCAAAGAUCAGACUCGCUGUAUAUCAGUGUGCUGAUGUACAUUAGGAAGUGAUGUCCAGGUACCAAGGACAUUAUGCUGUCGGUAUAGAGGGAAAGACAGAAGACGUGACUCGCUGAUCUACAUUAUGCAAACACAUGGCCCAAAGUGGAAAAAUAUUUAACCCAGUCAAGUAAAAUGUCACCAGUAAUUCCCAGUGCUUAAUGUAGCACAAACACUACAUGUCAGAUAAGUUAAGUGUGCUCCUCUGUGCUAGUAACAGACAUGAAGUAGAUCAACCCUCCAUGCUGGAACUUGAUGGGAAGAAUUAAAGCUCCAGCAACCAAGAGUAAGAGAAACUCCCCUGUGGGAAUGCAGAGCACAUUUCUCUCACAACCCUGGCCAGGUAAGUGGGCAGUGUUGCAUGUGGGAACUCCGCCACAACUCUAGCUAUUGGCCAAGCGAGGAGCAGGCUUUUUCUCACAGCCUUUACCUAGAUGCAGUUGGCUGCAAGUCAAAGAUGUCCAGAGCACUAAAGGAACAAAAGACACAAACUAAUUUCUAGCCUUUUAUAAAGCCUUUUAUGAAAGCUUCUUGUUCGUGCCUUUCCAAAUUAGAAAGAAACUAAAAUAAAAUGGCGAUUACCACUUUCAAUGUUUCCUAUUUAUUUCUGACAGAGAUAAAAGCAACCUAGACCAACGCUUCUGCAGGUUUUCACAGUGAUACCAUUUUUCCACUUCUAACGCCUCACCAGCAAGGCCCUGGUCUCACCCUAACUCCUAUGAUACCUAGUGUAACAAACAUAGCAGAGGCCUAUUUGACUCUUGCUACAUUCGGACACUGGAUCCCCUCUGGAUAAAGGCAAGCUGCAGCUCUUCUGUCACCUGAAACAAACCUGCUACUGAGUGCUCAUAUCUGAAUUAGGGAUGAACCCUAAUGAACUGAAAGAAUUAAAGAACAAUAUAAUCAUCAAGGUUGGAAAAGAUCUCUAAGAUAAUAAAGUCCAGCCACCAACCCCUCCCCACCAUGCCCACUAACCACGUCCUUCAGCGCCACAUCCACACGCUUCUUCAGCAGCUGCAGGGACGGUGACUCCACCACCUCCCCGGGCAGCCUGUGCCAGCGCUCGACCAUUCUUUUGGAGAAGAAAUCUUUCCUAAUGUCCACCUGAAUCUCUGAAUUGGCAGCUUAAGGCCAUUUCCUCUCAUCCAAUCACUAUUACGUGGGAGAAAAGGCUGAGCCCCGCCUCAGGUCACUGCUGAGGGCAACGAGGUCUCCCCCGAGCUUCCUCUUCUCCAGACUGCACAGCCCCAUCAGCUUCCCUCAGCCCUCCUCACCAGCCUCGUGCUCCACACCCCUCACAGCUACCUGCCGUUCUCUGGACGUGCUCCAGGACCUCAACGUCUCUCACGUUGAGGGGCCCAAAACCGGACACGGUACUCGAGGUGCGGCCUCACCAGAGCUGAGCACCUCCCUGCGGCCGGCUGCGCUGCUGCCGCCGCGAGCCAGCUCGCCGCCGGCCUUGCAGACCACUGCCCCGAAACCCCCAGACCUUUUUCCGCACAGAAAAGCACACGCAGGCUGUACCUUACCCAGCCGUGCGCCUUCUUUCUGACGAUGUUUGGAGACUUAUCGCAACGCAGAGCGGGAAACUUCCUCACGCCAGCCCACGCGCGGCGGCUGAGGGACACGCGGGGCCCGCACG